AUGAAAGAACUCCCCCAAAACCAAUCCUCUCCACGCCUCACAAACCUUAUUUUGAUCUGUUUUUCCCUCUGUAUCAUUUACAUCUUCUUGUCAUUAGUCCUCGCUCCGAAAACCAGGUUGUUACAUGCCCCAGUUUUGCUACAGGAUGUGUCUUCUCCGACCUCUUUGGAGCAUAUUGUUUUUGGGAUAGCCUCCAACGAAAGAUCAUGGCCAGAGAGGAAGGAGUACGUUCGGCUAUGGUGGAGACCCGGUCAAAUGCGAGGCUGUGUUUUCCUCGAAAGCUCGUUAUUACUCAAUUCAACUUCUGAUAAUGACAACGUUUCUCUCCCUCCAAUAUGCAUUUCCCAGGACACUUCACGGUUCAAGUACACAUACAGGGGCGGGCUCAGGUCGGCUAUUCGGGUGGCGCGAGUGGUUGUAGAGACUGUUGCACUUAACCAUUCGAACGUCCGGUGGUUUGUGUUCGGAGACGAUGACACGGUGUUCUUCCCGGAGAAUUUGGUGAAGACACUGUCGAAGUAUGAUGAUGGGUUGUGGUUCUAUAUUGGGACUAAUUCGGAGAUUUAUAUGCAAAACAAGCUCUUUUCUUUUGAUAUGGCUUUUGGUGGGGGUGGUUUUGCUAUAAGUUAUCCUCUGGCAAAGGUUUUGGCGAAGGUGUUUGAUUCGUGCCUUGAACGUUACCCACAUGUCUAUGGCAGCGAUAGCAGGAUUUCUGCUUGUUUGGCUGAGCUCGGUGUGGGACUGACUCGGGAGCCCGGUUUCCACCAGACGGAUGUCCGGGGCAAUAUCGUCGGUUUAUUGGCCGCUCAUCCAGUUACACCCCUUGUAUCUCUCCAUCACUUGGAUGCUACAGACCCAAUCUUCCCAAACAUGACAACCAUGAAGGCUUUAGAACAUUUGGUUGAAGCUGCAAAGGUUGAUCCCCAUAGGAUCUUACAACAAACGGUUUGUUACGAUCGUUGGUAUUCUUGGACAAUUUCUGUGUCAUGGGGCUAUGCUGUUCAAGUUUUCGAACACAAUGUGUUCUUGCCAGACGCCAUUUGCGCAGAGGAGACGUUUAUGCCAUGGAAAAAUGGGAAUGGUUUGAAUGCAUUGUUGAAUUUUAACACAAGGGAACGACACCCUGAUCCAUGUCGAAGGCCGACUCUGUUCUUUCUUGACAAGGUUUCGUCUGAUAGAGAUGGGAUUGAGAGCAUUUACAGGAGAAUGAUCCCGGAUAAUUGCUUGAUUGGUGUGGCUUCACCGAAGAGAGUAGAGGAGAUCAGAGUUUUCUCACAGAAACUAGAACUCGACACUAAACAGUUGCAGGCCCCAAGACGUCACUGUUGUGAUUUACUACCUUCAUCCGCAGGCAAAGUGAUGGAAGUCGACAUUAGAGAAUGCAAAGAAGAAGAACUAAUUUACAUGCACCCCUAA